AUGCAUUUUGGCCUUCAUUUAGCUCAUGUCCUACUGCUUGCCCCGCGCUUGGUUCAAGCUAGCAGUGGCGCAUAUUGGGUACAACCUUCGCAAAAAUGGGUCGAUAUAGACGGCACCUGGUCAAGUUUUGAGGUAAACCUUGGGGCCCCAGCACAGCCAGUCCAGCUUCUCGUGAGCACAGCGAUAUCUGAGGUUUGGGCUAUUGGCAGGGGAGGCUGCCCACAAAAUAGCAAUGCUUGCGCUACGGAACGGGGAAACACCUAUAAUGCCCCGGAUUCCCAAAAUUAUGCACCACUGGGUGCCUGGGAACUGGGUCUGGCUUCGUCGGGCUUCUCCGACACUGGAGACUACGGGCUAGAUAGACUGUCCAUGUUCAACAGCCUUGAGGGUGAGACUGUCUCGAUCAACAACGCCCUGGUAGCCUCCAUCAACACAACAAAUUUUUACCAAGGCUACAUUGGCCUGGGAGUCAUCCGCGGACGGUUCGGCGAACGAAUUACAACCCCUCUCAUUUCUCAGAUGGUUGAGGAGUAUGGCCUUAUCGCCAGCAACAGCUACGGUUACACCGCCGGCGCUUGGCAUAUUGACGGCGGUGUCCCCGCCUCUCUAAUCCUAGGUGGAUACGACCCCCUACGAUUCCAGAAUCACAACACUGUUUUUAAUCUUGAUCCCGACUCCCGAGUGCCCCAGGUUCGGCUCCGCGGGAUCAACGCCAAUACUAAUGAUCCCAGCAAGCCUCCUCCGGGCUGGGGGGGCCAGAUCCAUAAAUCGCUGGUCGCAAUGAAUGAUUCCCUGGUCGUCACGAUCGAUACUUCGUUUCCCUAUCUGGCGCUGCCAGAAUCCAUCUGUGACCGCUUUGCAGAUGCGCUCAAUCUUACGUAUAACAGCACGUUCGAUCUAUACAUGUUCAGCGGUGAUCAACUGACUUCUCCCGACUCGGCCCUGCGAGCGGAUCGGCUGAACUUCACUUUUAGCCUGUCGAGCUGGGACAACAACAACACCCUUGGGAAGCCGUUGGAAGACCCAGGGGUGAUCAACAUCACCAUCUCUGGCCAAGCUUUCUCGCAAUAUCUGACCUACCCGUAUAGAAAUUCAUUCGAACCUUACGAUCCCGGAUUGGCCUACUUCCCGUUGCGCCGUGCCAAGAACGUCAACGAGUUUGUCAUCGGGCGGGCCUUUAUGCAGGAGGCCUAUAUGAUCACUAAAUACGAAGAACGGCUAUUCUCUGUUUACCAGGCUCGAUACCCCAGCAAUGCAGCGAGCAAUUACUCGGUCAAGCCUAUCAGUCGACCUGCGAACAGUGAUUAUCCAGCUUUUGUGCCGAAACCGCCGAACAGACCUGGCUUGACCGCAGGACAGACUGCCGGUGUAGUUGUGGGCGUUGUCGCAGCGUCGGUCGGCAUUUGCGUUGCCCUCUGGCUUUGGAGACGACAGCGCACCAAGGCCGCGCAAGCCAAGACUCCCAUGUCGCCAUCGGAGAAGAAUGGAGACGAGCUCUGCCAGGACGGCGGGUCAACCCUGGGGCCUGACGAACCUGCAGGCCCGCUUACCCGUUUUGUCUCGUUCAUCACCGGGGGGCGAAGGCCAAGGCGGGGCGGAUCUGCCCCCCUGUCGCACGAGCUCGAUGGCUCACGUACGCAGCCAGUUGAGGUUGGAGCCGAUGCGGCGCACGAGCGCUAUGAGAUGCCAGUUCCCUUAGAACCUGUGGAGCUGGACGCAACCCACGAGCACAUGGCUUCUGAUGACACCAUGGAGUUCGGGACCGAAGGUUCUGAGCAUGGUAUGAGCCAGUACGAGAUUGCGCGAAGGAAAAUGCAGAGACAGCUUCAGGGCCCGCUGCCUACAUAUUCGCCAUCCACAGUGCCCAUUGUACACAUUGGCCAUCCGAGCCUCGACGGGGAAACCGGGACAAAAUUAAUCCAGGAUGUUAGUUCUGUUGGGCACUAUCGGCCUGGGGAUGACGAGAACCCGUCACCUACCGUGUCAGCCCCCUCAGAAGGAAACAACACAAACUCAUUUUCCUCACAAGUACCAUCUCCGAUGAGCCCGAACCCAGAAUGGGGCGCAAGGUUCUUAGAUUUGCCAUCGCCAAUAACAGUGGCUUCUCCUGGGCAGUUCCCACUAAGGCGGACCGGAUCUGCAUCAAGCCCCGGUGAACGUCAGAGGCAUGUGGCUAUCGGUCGAUCUAACAGCAACGGCCAUGGAGCGUCACAGACCACGGCGAGGUCUCCCGACCUGCUACUUCCUCCUACGGCCGUUCAGCGCACUCCAAUAGAUCAGAGCGAGAUUGUCUGCCUAGGCCCAUUACCAGAAAACAUAUGUUUACCGAACCAACAAUCCCCCUUACCUCGAAACCAAACCACAAUACUUCCCAGUGACAGCGCAAGUCAGGCUGCUGGAACAGAUGCCAGCACCGACAUGCCUACUUCGCCUCCCUCGUCACACAUGCCAGCAUACCCACAACGGUCCACCACACCGCCCACAGCGGCAACAAGUAGGCAGCCACUGUCACCGCAGGCCGAUCCUCGCCGUGGUCUUCGGAUAGAGACCCCAUCGAACUCGUUCGGACUUAUCAAGCGGGCGUCCAGACGAGACUCAUCCGAGAGUCUAGGCAGUGACUUUACUGUUGACGAGGAGGAACGCAUGGUUGACAACGAUAUCGUACGACAACAAGACAGGCGCGCCGCUGAUGCGGAUGGCGUCAGUCCUCAAAGCACGAGCAGCCCGGAGCGUAUCGAUGCCGCAACCGAGCUGAUCCACAUUCCUCAAGUGUCCGAACGGCGUUAUAGCUGGGAGGAUGAUAAGAGGUGA